AUGAGAGCUCUAAGCAGCGUCGGCGUCGGGCUGGCCGUGGUGUCGUCGCUGCUCCUGCUAGCGCUCACCGCGGAGCUCUACUACAUCUUCGUGCACAAGCGCCGGCAGCGGCGGCGCGCGGCUGCCAUCUCCGACGCGGCGUCGUCCCCGUCCUCGUCCUCCCGCGAGCUGCUCCAGCUCUUCUGCUUCAAGAAGCCGCCGGCGGCGGCGCUCGCGUCCACCUACGCCGUCCCCGAGCCAGCCGCCGCCGUGGCCGUGGCCGUCGGCGUCAGCGGCGACGGCGGCGGUGCCGACGACGACGAAGACGAGACGGUGGAGGCGCAGCUGAUGCGGCUCGGCAGCCUCGUCGGGCCCACGCGGCUGCUGUUCACCAUCAAGGAGGAGACCCGCGAGGACCUCGAGUCCGAGGACGGAGGGCGGCGCAGCCGGAACCGUAGCCGCAGCCGUAGCCUCGGCAAGCUGCUGCAUUGCGCUGAGACGCCACCGUUCCUCACGCCCAGAACCUCGUUGUCGCCGCUGCACACGGCCGCGAUGGACAACUCCUACAACCCGCUCUUCGAGUCCCCGGCGGCCAGCCCGGGUCCGGGCACUGCGCCGGCGGUGUCGCCACCGCCCAAGUUCGAGUUCCUCCGGGAUGCCGAGGAGAAGGUCUACCGUCGCGCGCUCGCCGAGGAGGAGGCCAUGAGGGCGCGGAGGUCGCCAAGGUCGUCGGCGGCCACUGCCGAGGAGGAUGGCGGGUACAUCACCAUCGUGGUGGCCAAGAACAACCGGGAGGGAACUUUCACUUUGUGCGCGGGAGAGGAAAGCCGCGCCGAAAAUAUCACGAUGACAAAUGACCCCUCCAAUGGUUUGCUAAUCAACUUGCCAAAAAAUGGCAACUUGCCAUUCUGCAGCCAUCGACGCGCAAAUUUGCGCGGCUCGUUCCGCUUGCCAUCGCGAGAUCCGGACGCCGUGGCCUCCUCUCCCGCGCGAGUGAAUUUUCAUCGUCGGUUCCCGCUGUCGUUCCAGGGGAAGUUCUUGCCCGGUAAUAACAACAAGCAGGGAGGCAACGAGAAGAAACCGUCGGCGGCGUCCUCAAAGAAGCGGGGGAUGGACGCAGCAGACGACGUCGUCUACGGCGUGUCCAGGGCGUCGUCGGCGCUGCUGAGCUCCGCGUCGUCGCUGGACUCGAACACAUCAUCGGCGUCGUCGUCGUCGUCGGCGUCGUCUCGCUCAUCCACGGCCUCGUCCUCGCCGUCGGUCUCGGGGGUGCUUUACCCGCCGGCGGUCAAGCGGCAGGCGAGUAAUAAUAAGAGGCCCGCGUCGUCGUCCCCGGCGGCGGGCGCGGCUGCCGUGGUGCUGUGCCUCCUCAUGGUGGUGUUCUGCGGCCGCGUCGGGGCCACGCUGCUCACGUCCACGGCGCUCUACCUCUUCCCGCGGCGGUGGCGGCCCGCGACGACGACGCGUAAGGAGAAGAAGGGCGCCGUCGACUCGCGUCGUCGUCAAGCGUCGCCGAGGAAGAGGAGACGGCGGAGAGGAAGGUGGUUAUGGAGGGGUCCUCGGUGAGGAACCGCAACAAGUGAAGCGAUGAUACCCGUCGUUUCGUCCCCACCCCCUGCUAAUCCUUUUUUUCUUUUUGAGGAAUCACUGAUUCUUUUUGUUUGGAUGAGAA